AUGCCUGAAAUGCUGACACCAACAAGUGCAAUAAUGGGAGCUGGUCUUGGGAAGGAUGUUGCAUUGUUGACUGAUGGAAGGUUUUCAGGAGGUUCACAUGGAUAUGUUGUUGGUCACAUAUGCCCUGAAGCGCAGGAAGGUGGACCAAUUGGUCUUAUUCAAAAUGGAGACAUUAUUACCAUUGAUGUUGGGAAGAGGAGAAUGGAUGUCCAUUUAGAAGAUGAGGAGCUGGAGGAGCGGAGAAAGAGAUGGACCCCCCCUGCAUAUAAGGCUGACCGAGGAGUCCUAUACAAGUACAUCAAGAACGUGCAAUCAGCUUCAAACGGAUGCGUAACUGAUGAAUAG